GGCAACAUCCGUAGGAAAACAGUUUCUGGCAACGCUGACAGCUGAGGAAAACAUAAACAAAAUGCCCACUGAAAAUAGCAUCAAGAUAAUGCCAAAGGCUGUCGUCUGUGAGGAGACCAACCUGCGAGGUGACAUCAUUUUUUCGUCUGGCUGUGUGGUUCAUCCCAGUGCCACAAUUGUUGCCGAGGCGGGGCCGAUUAUAAUUGGCGAGAAUUGUAUUAUUGAGGAAUAUGCCACAAUUGCUCAUCGCCUGAUUGAAGGAGCCAAUUGGGAUUCAAGUAAUAUCCUGAGCAUCGGCACACACAAUGUCUUCGAAGUCGGAUGCACAGUGGAAGCAACCAAAAUCGGUGAUAAAAAUGUUUUCGAAAGCAAAUCCUAUGUUGGCCCCGGUGUCACUGUCACCAGUGGCUGUGUAGUCGGUGCUGGCAUACAAAUGCGAACGGCUCAGGUGAUGCCCGAGAACACCAUUGUCUAUGGCAAGGAUGCACUGCAGCGUGAGGCCAUUGAUAAGCAAGGUUCACAAACUCUACAAAUCGAUUUCCUACGCAAAGUUUUGCCCAACUAUCACCAUUUACGCAAACCGAACUAUGAUCCAAAAAAACCGCGUAGCGUUGUCUAAACUUAAUUAUGUAUUCUCGACUGUUGUAGUAGCAUUAAAAUUAUUCAUUUCCGUUUGAAA